GAAAUUGUUAUUAAAUGGAUAACUUUCAGAAACAGUGUAUGCACGUCUUAAAGAUCACUGGCCUCAUGGAGAUGGCACUGUAAUGUUAUAUUAUGGCACUGUAAUGUUAUAGUAGGGUAAUGUUGUGCUAAUGUUAUAGUAGGGUACUGUAAUGUUGUGGUAAUGUUAUAGUAGGGCACUGUAAUGUUAUAGUAGGGCACUGUAAUGUUAUAGUAGGGUACUGUAAUGUUAUAGUAGGGCACUGUAAUGUUAUAGUAAUGUUAUGGUAGGGCACUGUAAUGUUAUAGUAGGGCACUGUAAUGUUAUAGUAGGGCACUGUAAUGUUAUAGUAGGGCACUGUAAUGUUAUAAUAGGGCACUGUAAUGUUAUAGUAGGGCACUGUAAUGUUAUGGUAAUGUUAUGGUAGGGCACUGUAAUGUUAUAGUAGGGUACCAUAAUGUUAUAGUAGGGUACUGUAAUGUUAUGAUACUGUAAUGUUAUAGUAGGGUACUGUAAUGUUAUUAUAAUGUAAUGUUAUGGUAAUGUUAUAGUAGGGUACUGUAAUGUUAUGGUAAUGUUAUAUUAAGGUACUGUAAUGUUAUGAUGGUACUGUAAGGUUAUAGUAGGGUACUGUAAGGUUAUAGUAGGGUACUGUAAUGUUAUAGUAGGGUACUGUAAUGUUAUAGUAGGGUACUGUAAUGUUAUGGUAAUGUUAUAUUAAGGUACUGUAAUGUUAUAGUAAGGUACUGUAAUGUUAUAGUAAGGUACUGUAAUGUUAUAUUAUGGUACUGUAAUGUUAUAUUAUGGUACUGUAAUGUUAUAGUAGGGUACUGUAAUGUUAUAUUAUGGUACUGCAAUGUUAUAGUAGGGUACUGUAAUGUUAUAUUAAGGUACUGUAAUGUUAAACUAUGGUACUGUAAUGUUAUAUUAUGGUACUGUAAUGUUAUAUUAUGGUACUGUAAUAUUAUAUUAUGGUAAUGUUAUAGUAGGGUACUGUAAUGUUAUGGUACUGUAAAGUUAUGGUACUGUAAUGUUAUAGUACUGUAAUUUGUUAUUAUGGUACUGUAAUGUUAUAGUAGGGUACUGUAAUGUUAUAGUAGGGUACUGUAAUGUUAUAUUAUGGUACUGUAAUGUUAUAGCAGGGUACUGUAAUGUUAUAGUAGGGUACUGUAAUGUUAUUAUGUUACUGUAAUGUUAUAUUAUAGUACUGUUAUGUGUUAUUAUGGUACUGUAAUGUUAUAUUAGGGUACUGUAAUGUUAUAUUAUGGUACUGUAUUGUUAUAGUAGGGUACUGUAAUGUUAUAGUAGGGUAAUGUUAUAUUAUGGUACUGUAAUGUUAUAGUAGGGUACUGUAAUGUUAUAUUAUGGUACUGUAAUGUGUUAUUGUGGUACUUUAAUGUUAUAGUAGGGUACUGUAAUGUUAUAUUAUGGUACUGUAUUGUUAUAGUAGGGUACUGUAAUGUGUAAUUAUGGUACUGUAAUGUUAUAGAACUGUAAUGUUAUAUUAUGGUACUGUAAUGUUUUAUUAUGGUACUGUAAUGUUAUAUUACUGUAAUGUGUAAUUAUGGUACUGUAAUGUUUAUUAUGGUACUGUAAUGUUAUGUUAGGGUACUGUAAUGUUAUAGUAGGGUACUGUAAUGUUAUAUUAUGGUACUGUAUUGUUAUAGUAGGGUACUGUAAUGUGUUAUUAGGGUACUGUAAUGUUAUAUUAUGGUACUGUAAUGUUAUAGUACUGUAAUGUUAUAUUAUGGUACUGUAAUGUUAUAGUACUGUAAUGUUAUAUUAUGGUACUGUAAUGUUAUAGUACUGUAAUGUUUUAUUAUGGUACUGUAAUGUGUAAUUAUGGGACUGUAAUGUUAUAUUACUGUAAUGUUAUAUUAUGGUACUGUAAUGUUUUUUAUUAUGGUACUGUAAUGUUAUUAGGGUACUGUAAUGUUAUAGUAGGGUACUGUAAUGUUAUAUUAUGGUACUGUAUUGUUAUAGUAGGGUACUGUAAUGUUAUAUUAGGGUACUGUAAUGUUAUAUUAUGGUACUGUAAUGUUAUAGUACUGUAAUGUUAUAUUAUGGUACUGUAAUGUUUUAUUAUGGUACUGUAAUGUGUAAUUAUGGUACUGUAAUGUUAUAUUAUGGUACUGUAAUGUUUUUUAUUAUGGUACUGUAAUGUUAUUAUGGUACUGUAAUGUUAUAUUAGGGUACUGUAAUGUUAUAGUAGGGUACUGUAAUGUUAUAUUAUGGUACUGUAAUGUGUUAUUAUGGUGCUGGAUUGUUAUAGUAGGGUACUGUAAUGUUAUAUUAUGGUACUGUAAUGUGUUAUUAUGGUGCUGGAUUGUUAUAGUAGGGUACUGGUUGGUAUAUUCACUGGUAUCGCUACCAAGUUUUUGGAUAUGUUUACUCUACAUUUACAUUAGGCUCUAUGAGACAACAUUAAAUAUGCCAGCAAAGCUUCUCUACCACCAUGUGCGACAGAGUCUGUUUUGUUUUGUGUUGUCUGUUCUGUCCCAUGUAGUCAAGCAGGACUCCAGCCACACCAUCGGGGUGGAGUUUGGCUCCCGGGUGGUAAUGGUCGCUGGCAAGACGGUCAAGCUGCAGAUCUGGGACACAGCUGGACAGGAGCGAUUCCGAUCAGUGACUCGCAGUUAUUACAGAGGGGCGGCAGGGGCUCUCCUGGUUUAUGACAUCACCAGUCGGGAAACGUACAAUUCCCUUACCAACUGGUUGACAGACGCUCGGACACUGGCCAGUCCAAACAUCGUCAUUAUCCUCUGUGGGAACAAGAAGGACCUGGAAGCUGACAGAGAGGUCACUUUCCUUGAGGCAUCCCGUUUUGCCCAGGAGAAUGAAGUGAUGUUCCUGGAGACGAGCGCCCUCACCGGAGAAAACGUAGAGGAGGCCUUCCUCAAAUGUGGUCGCACCAUCAUCAACAAGAUAGAGUCCGGUGAGUUAGACCCAGAGCGGAUGGGCUCAGGGAUCCAGUAUGGUGACACGACGGUGAGGCAGCUUCGCCAGUCGCCACAGGCUGGCUCAGAACAGGGCAGAGAUCAGUGCAACUGUUAAAGGCUAAUGCUAACCCAGCUCUAAGACACACAAAUCCCAUGUCUCCAGGCUUUUAGAGGACUGCCCUGUGACUUUUGACCCCUGCUCCUGGAAAAUUGCUGGAGAGACCCUGUGUGAAACUUAAGGCUGGGUUAGCGUCUUGAUCAGGAACUGUGAUGUGAGUAUCUGGGUCCAGUCAUUGAGCUACUCUUCUCCAGGCCUGUCUCUCUCUGACUACUGCUCCGCUGUGCAUCGCCAGGGACUACACGUGACAUCAGCAGAGAGACCUGGCCAAUCAGAGCCAGGCCCAUGGACACACAUCAGGAUGUUUGUUUUCAAUGUCUUUAUUCAGAAGCAACAGCCACAGCAGCUCAUACACCUCUCACUGUUCACUCUAUUGAUAUAAAGCUGGUGAAAGUCAGGUCAAAGCUUGUAGACAGUGAUGGGACUGACAUGGUGUAAGGAGAACACAAUACCAGACUUUUAUUUGUGUUCGAUCUCUAUAAAAGUUUAGCCUAUUUAUUGGUUGUGUUGAAAAAUGUUGUGAAUAUAUCAAAAGGAAAUAACAUUUGUGACAUUGGUGUACAAUGUUUUAUGAGACUGUAAAAAGCAGGGAACUUCUAUGGUAGUCACAGUGUACACAUACAGUACUGUGUGAGUACAAUUUUGACAACGUUAAUACACAUAUAUAUAUACACACACACACAAAGUAUGUGGACCCCCUCAAAUGAGUGGAUUCAGCUAUUUCAGACACCGGUGUAUAAAGUCGAGCACACCGCCAUGCAAU